ACAAUCAAAAAACCAAUCAAUAUUCUCUGUCUUCUUUUGUAUCUCGCUCCUGUAUUCAUCAGUCACUGUGAGGGAGAAGAUAGCCCUAAAGAUCUUCUUCCUUCGGAUCGAAAUCUGAAACUCUCAGCCUCAAUCUCGAGAAAUUCCUCAGAAAUCUCUAAAACCCACGAGUUCGUGUUCUUGAUUUCUCCCUUUGACCGCCAAAAUUCUGCAGUGAUCUUCUUGCAUUCUUCGAUUUCUUCGCCCUCUUUCUUCUGGAUUUACUCCUCAUAUGAGAAAAAUUGAAAUCUCGUUUCGAGAAUCCCUAUACCCGCAAAUUUUAUCGGCUUUAUUUCCGAGAAAUUUGGAUUUUUCACAUCUGUUGUGAAGAGCCAUUGCUUCCCAAAUCUUUCGCUUGAAAUCUGCAGAAGUUUGGAAUCUUCUUCGCUUGUUCGUUUCCUGAAAUUCCCGUUAUUCGGAUGGGAAAUUCUGGUAGCACAUUUGCGGAAAAUCCCUAAUUCUUCCGGUUCGGGAAAACCCAGAAGUCGAGGGACCCUAAAUCGAUGGGAAAUCUACGUGCAUUCCCGUAGAUUUCCGAUCUCGAGCGUGAGCGGAAGAAACUCAAUCUGGGGUUCAUUGAUUCUAGGGUCUGGGAGUUUUCUGGCUUUUCAAAUGUUCUCGAACCGUUUUGUUCUCUCCUUCUCUCUCCUCCUCUGUCUCCCUAUCGUCUUCUUCCUCGUUGCCCCUCGUGUCUUCCCUCCUCCUCCCAGUGACUCUCUCAUCCCUAUCUCCGAUGAGAUCGACGACCAGAGCCUCUUCCGCCGCGCCGCCGCCGCCUCCUCGACCCUCUCCCGUCUCUCCUCCGGGAACCCUAAACCUAAUCUCAAGAUCGCUUUCCUCUUCCUCACCAACUCCGACCUCCAUUUCGCGCCAAUCUGGGAUCGGUUCUUCUCGGGCCAAUCUCGGUCUCUUUUCAACGUCUACGUCCACGCGGAUCCGUCGGUGAUCAUCAACAGGCCCGGCAAUGGCUCUGUGUUCGAGAACGCCUUCAUCUCCUCUGCCAAACGAACCGCACGCGCCUCCCCAACCCUUAUCUCAGCCACGCGCCGCCUCCUCGCCACCGCCCUCAUCGACGACCCAGCAAACUCCUACUUCGCUGUGCUCUCUCAGUACUGCAUUCCCCUCCACAGCUUCCGCUACGUCUACCACUCCCUUUUCGAGUCAUCAACUUUCGACAAAUCCGACCCGGACCAGACUCCGAAAGGGAUUCGGGUCUGGUAUCGCAGCUUCAUCGAGAUCAUCUCCGAGGAGCCUCGGCUUUGGAAACGGUACAUCGCCCGGGGAAGGUAUGUGAUGAUGCCGGAGAUUCCAUUCGAGAAAUUCCGUGUGGGUUCGCAGUUCUUCGUCAUGACUCGGAGACAUGCUCUGUUAACAAUCAAAGAUCGAACCUUGUGGAGGAAAUUCAAGCUGCCGUGUUAUCGAGCAGAUGAGUGUUACCCUGAGGAGCAUUAUUUUCCGACAUUGUUGAACAUGAAGGACCCCGGCGGGACAACUGGUUACACCUUGACCCGGGUCAACUGGACGGGUACUGUGAAGGGUCAUCCGUACACCUACAAGCCGAAGGAAGUUUCGCCAGAGCUGAUUCAGCAGCUCCGGCGAUCAAACCACUCAAGCUCUUACCUUUUCGCCCGUAAGUUUACGCCCAGUUGCUUGAAACCAUUGUUGGCCAUUGUAGACUCGGUGAUUCUGAGAGAUUAGAGCGCUUGGUUACUUUGCUGGGAAAGCAUUUGGUAUUCUCUCGUUUGCAAGCAACACCAAAACAGAGGAUCAAGAACAGAGUAAGCCCUGAAACACACCAAACCCUUCAAUUCUCCGACCAAUGAAGAAGCAAAUCUGUGAUACUUUUUUGGAAGGCUCAUAAAAAAAAUACCCAAAAAAAAAGGGUAUUAUGUGGAAUAAGAAGAUGCUGUGUGGGGAUGGUGACUCAGUCUAGUGCACCACAGACUCGAGAAAAAGAUGAAAAAUCCCAAAGGUGUAGUCUUUUUUUUUUAAAUGUAAAAUUGCCAAUUUUUUUGUUUUUUUUGUUUUUUUAAAUCAAGUCGAUGGCUCUGCUCUCUCCACAGUUGUUCCUUUGAAGCUGGGAACUGUACAUAAGAGAGAUGUUUUGUCCCAGAAGGUGGGAUUUGUAGUAAAGUAAGUAGGCAUAUGCUUGUUGUUGUUGUUGUUGUUGUUGUUGUUGUUGUGAGAUUCAUCUAUGAUGAUGUGGAUUUUUAUUUUUCAUGAUUCCGAAAUUGGAGAA